GUUAUUACAACACCUUUGACUUGUAAAGAGAAAAGAUCGAAGCAGAGGUGUGAAACUGCAGUUCCGUACUCAGCGCUAACAUUUUAGACUGACAAGAUGAUGAAGAAACUUUUAACCCUCUUGUCGCUUUCUGCUUUUGUCAGUUUAAUCAUUUUCUCAGCAUUUUUAUACAAUGGCAAUAGGGCCUCUAUGGCUUUUGUUAGUGUUUCACGAAUCGUCAAAAGUAAGACUGGGAUACAUUUAUGGACUACAAAAGAAAAUCUCAAGGACUCCAAUAUGCUUCAAGGAACCACUGUGAUGGGGAAACCUCCCUGGAAAGAGAUUAAAACGGUUCAGAACACCACACAGGUGCCAGCUUCUUCAGGGAAAAGCUUGGAGUUGUGCCCUGAAACUCCACCAAACCUCGUGGGUCCACUGUUUGUGGAGUUUAGUACUAAAAGGACUCUGGAGCAGGUCAGGGAGGCAGUUGGUGGUCCUCUUCAGGAGGGGGGACGGUACAAGCCACCAGAAUGCAUCUCACGACACAAGGUGGCAGUUAUCAUCCCAUUCCGAAAUCGGCACGAGCAUCUGAUUUAUUGGCUUUAUUACCUCCAUCCCAUCCUGAUUCGACAACAGCUGGACUACGGCGUGUACGUCAUCAACCAGGAUGGGGAAGGUGUGUUUAACCGGGCCAAACUCAUGAACGCAGGAUACGUGGAAGUACUUAAGGAAUAUGACUACGACUGUUUUGUCUUCUCUGACAUCGACUUGGUGCCAAUGGACGACCGGAACUUCUACAAAUGCUUUGACAAUCCGAGGCACUUGGCCGUGGCAAUGGACAAAUUUAACUUUCACUUACCCUAUAAUACCUACUUUGGAGGGGUCUCGUCUUUGUCCAAACAACAGUUCACAAAGAUAAAUGGCUUCCCAAACACUUACUGGGGCUGGGGUGGCGAGGACGAUGACAUCUACAGACGAGUCAUCUACUCCGGAAUGCAGAUUUCCCGACCAGACUCGUCGACUGGCAUGUAUAGGAUGGUCAAGCACGAACGGGACCUGCACAAUGAGCCUAAUCCACAAAAUCCUUGGAAAAUCAACAGCGCUCAGCAGAAUAUGAAAUCAGACGGGCUCAAUUCGCUCAGUUACACAGUGAAGGAUGUUCGUAGGGAUCGAUUGUUCACAAUGAUUACUGUGGAUAUUCAGGCUCCACCAAGUUGAGCAAGGCUGUCCUAAACUAGGGAAAAUUGGUGUUUCACCGGGCAUUUAUUCACAUUCUAAAGAAAAGGUGGAUGGUACUUUUCGACUCUUUGUAUUUGAGCGUUGGACUGGUUUUCUUGGUGUGGGUGUGUCUGUGGAAGCCAUCUUUGAGUGUGGGCCCAGGUGGCCGCACACCGAAUGUGAACUUCACGAACAUGAACAUUGGAUGAUGGUAGUUGCUUUGGGACAAAAGUGAAACACUCUGCAAAUGUUGCAAACUUGCACACAAAUGUCUCUUGUCUUGGAAGAAUAUAUUGUUACUAGUAUUUUAAAAUAUAAAGAAAAUGUUUCUGUUUCCCAGGCACUUAGAAUUUGGUCGAUCAAACCAAGAUAAAAGUCAGUCAUUUCUGUAAUGUUGGUGAAGUGAGUCCAUUUUUAAAUUUGUUGUCUUACAUAUUAUUUAUUUGUUUCUUUGAAAUUGUGAACAGAAAUUAAACUGCAUUGGAAUGUCUCAUAGCUAAAAGUAUCAGUGCUGUCUGUAAAUACCAAAGCUAGUGGAGGUAAAACGAUCCCAGGAAACCUGUUCAGUGAAAAGUCUCGUACUGUUGUCUUUACGGUAAUUCCAUCCCUACUAACUGGAAGUGCUGAACAUAUGAUGGGUUUACUGUAAUUGGCGACAUUAUCCGUAGACCUUCACAGGAUUUUUAACCGUUUUUGAUACACGUUUACUGUUUUCAGCUACUUAACUAAACAGGGAAACUCUUCAGACCUCUGACUUGACAUGAUUGUAGCUGCAUUUUGAGCAGUGACCAUAUUUCAACGAUAUUCAUGAAAGAAUAUCAUCAAUAUAAAGGGACUUCCAAAGCCCCAUUGUGUGAUUUUCAAGCAAGAAUGGACACCAUCUGAGAAACUUUGGAAAAUCAUUAACAAACCAGCGUAGAUCCCAUUUCACGUUGGAAAAUGACCCUUGGACAUUCCGUUGCUGUGAAUUAAAGGUUGCGUUGCUGUGAAUUAAAGGUUAUAUCUGAUAAUCCGAAUUUAAUAAAACAACAUUACAAACAGUGUAGAUAUGCACAGAACCAAAGCGACUGCACCCUAAUGUACUUUGUAUUUUUGUUCUGGUAUGAGUCUUUGCUCUCACUGAGCUUUAGCUUUUGUCGUUUUUUUUUAUCAGCUUGUUUUUCACUGAAGGCUUCUUCUCUGAAUUUACCAAAAGUCUUCUCUGUUUCAGGUCUGGUGGCAUUCUAUGUCUUGCCUAGAUUUCCCCUCUUUGUUCCUUGUUUGUUUUCUUUUCUGUUUUUUCCUGCAGCGCUCAGUUUCUGGUUACUUCUCUUUUCAGAAAUGUUUUCUGAGAUUUUCCUGAACACUCCCUGUUCUCAUAGUUUACAUAUCUGUCUCAUCACAUGGUCUUCAGUACGUAAACUUGAGCUAAACGUAUACUUCACCUUGUUAUUUUUAGACAAGAGAAUUUGUCUCUUAUAGACCUCUUGAACAAACAAGAUUUAUAAUAAAAAAAAGUCUUGUUUUAAUAUUUAAAGGUCCAAUAUUUAAAAAUGUUGUGGCGAAAUAAUCACAAAACUGUCCAAUUCCUUUACUUGCUUUACACAUUUUACACAUCUAUCUAGUUGUACCAUUUCUUGAAAACUCUCUUAUCAGAUUAAUCAUAUUUUUGGUGCAUUUUACCCUCUGAAGGCUGAAAUUACCCAAUUUUGAUCAAAACAUCUUUGUUUUUACAAACUUUGUAAAGUUCAAGCAUCUGCAAUUGGUGGGUGGGAAAGUCUGUAAUCAAAAUUAAAAGUAAUAGACCUUGUGGUUACAGAGAUAUACUCAUUAAAGUGUGUUUAUGUCA